AUGGCUCAGCUUUUCGACCUUCCUGUAGAGGUGUUCGAAGAUGUCAUUGGCGCUAUAGCGCAAGCCGUUCCACUGCACGAUUUGUUUCGAUUGCGCACCGUGUGCCGAACAUUCGCGAAUGGAAUCAAGUACCAACUCCUGGCGAGAACUUCUAUACAAGUCUAUCUUGACUAUAACAAGCCGCUACUUAGACUACCGCGCCCACGCUCAAUACAUACUUCCAUGCCAAGGUACCGCUCGGUAAGUGGUGGCAGGAAGGACUACCCGUCGCAGCAUUCCGCUCAAGAUGCAAGCGGAUUGCAUCCAGGACUUCAAGAUUUUCUCACGAAGCACUUCGAAUGCUAUCUGCUGAACCAUAUCAACAACCCUCGACUCGCCAAUCCUGAGCUUCCACAGUUCAUCCAUAGAACUGCUAACGAGCUGAUGGAGUUUGCGCCGUCGGAUGCCUAUCAAGAUGAUCUAAGAAAAGCCCACGUUCAGAACCUAGUCCAUGCACUUGUCAUUGCCAACGAGACUACUCCGCGGCUUAUGCUGGGAGACGGAGCUGGGUGGCAUAUCAACCCUGUCGUCUUUGAUCGCAAAGAUCUAGACUGGACACCGCAUAUCAGUGGGCUCGAAUUUGAUCGAACAGAUGUCGGCUGGACUAGGAAUAUGACCCAUAUAAAGAGCGAUAAGCGGGACGUUGAGGAUAUGCUUGCGGCCGCUGCAGCUACUGGCAUUAUGGAGGCCGUCCAGUACUACAUCUCUCAGGGUGCAAUGGUCCUGGAUUGGAAAUCAAACCCCUCGAAGGGGUUUGGCAGUUCGCUGCAAACCGCAACAAGCACUGGGAAGAUUGAGGUGCUUAGAGCUCUCCUUUCCCAAGCCGACCAUGAAAUCGCCGACCGAUGCACCGAACUCAAGAAAGCCAGCAGCAGUCAGGUCGGCCUUUCCGGUUGGUUGAAGAUUCAGAGUACCAUCGAGUCGGCGAUUGCUUGUGCGAUGAAAGCUCGGAACACUGAAGCUGCGAUUGUUCUCUUCAAAUUUCUUUCGAAAUACGACGUCAACCUUCUUGUGCCUACCAAAGAGCGGGUCAGCUACAGCUAUCUCGCCGACGCAAUGAGCUAUGGCCACCUGGAACUUGUCCAGCGGAUUUUGGACCGUGAGCCCAAUUCGAGGAGUGAGCUUGUCUAUCGUAAGAGCCUGUUGCCUGGGCUACGUCGUGCUGUUAGAUCUGGCCAUGUAGACAUCGUCAAAUACCUCUUUGACAAUAAAUUUGUCGACCCCCAAACAGCGGAAGGCAAUCCAAUUGGCAUUGCCGCAGAGUAUGGCCACCGCACUAUCAUUGUGCUGGCAUUAGAUCACGGGGCCAAAUUGGAGAUGCAUCACCUAUUAAGUGCUCUUCAUGCUCCACUAGGUAAUAGCGCUACUAUGGCCUUGACCGUAGAGUUACUCCUAGACCAUGGUGUUCCCAUCAAGUCAGACGCUGUUGACGAAGAUGGCAAACCCAUCGCAAUGGAAGUCAUCGAAGCCUGCGAAGCAGUAUGUCGCUCCUCAUCCAUUGAGGUUCAUCUUCAUGGACGAAAAGGGCCAGUCCGAGGUAGAGACAAGAUUCUAAUGUUGGUACGGUUGGCGCUGGAGAUGAAGAAGCAGAUUCCCGGGGUGAUGCUCACAGGAUCAUGGGAUCUAAGCAAGCUGCUGGAGAAAAUUGCAUAUAACUGGAUGUCACUGCCCAAGGAGCCGAUCUUGUUUCUCGAAGUCGCCAAAGAAUUGCAUCAUUGGAUUCAAGAGUAUCGGCACCGUGGGGACAUACAACCACCUCACAUGAUAUCUUGGGGAUGAAUAGGAUUUUACUCCUGAGAAUGGUCUCGAGGGAACAAAGGGGUGGCAUAACAAAGAGGGAGCAAGUCAUAAACCUUAAGUAGCUGUAGGCCUCUCUCGUAGAACUGGCGACAUGGGAACCGAUAUUAGUGUUAGGAGUACUGUUGGGGGGAACUCAAGGUUGUGUACAUUUCUACGAGAAACUGGGACGGACUAUGUAGACUGGG